CAGUGGGAAACAGAGAAUUGCAAUGAAUGGGAAGUCUGUUCGUGUGGAACUGGUCGUAGCACAGUGUUACAAACACAACAAGUAUCUAAUUGAAUUUGGAGAAGAGUAUGAUGAAGAUUGUCAUACUGACUUAUCAUUAAAUACAAGCCAUUAUGGAUGUAAUAGCUACACAAGUUGUCUAUCCUUUGUUCGACUUUUAACAAGUUGUGAAUAUGUCUUAUAUAAGGACAUCAAUUAAGGCUUCAAAUAUAGUAACUAUAACCGUUCAUUUUCUGCACAUCGAUGCUGAAAAAAGAGUAAAAGAUUGAGCCAAAAA